UGCAAAGGAUAUCGAAGCCCAGAAGAUGGCAUCCAAAUACGAGCGCAUACUGAGCGAUUGCAGGGCGAAGAACGUGCUGUGGGAAGACCCCGAUUUCCCCGCGGUCCAGUCUUCGGUCUUCUACUACCAGACACCGCCGUUCACCUUCCAAUGGAAGCGCAUCAUGGAUCUGGCGGAUAGUGGCUCCGCUACGGUGGCUGCCAACAGUUCGCCACCAGUGUUCCUCAACGAGACGGCGGAGUUCGAUGUGGUGCCUGGCAAAAUGGGCGAUCGCUGGCUGGUCUCCUGCCUGGGACUGUUGAGUUCCCUGAGGAAUCUCUUCUACCGCGUGGUGCCCGCCGAUCAGACACUGGCCAGUGCCCACGGCGUCUUUCGUUUCCGUUUGUGGUGGUGCGGCGAGUGGGUGGAGGUACUGGUCGACGACCGUCUGCCCACCAUCAAUGGGCGGCUGGCGUUCAUGCAGCCGCAGGCAUCCAAUUGCUUCUGGGCCGCCCUGCUGGAGAAGGCCAUUGCCAAGCUGCACGGCUCCUACGAGGCCCUCAAGUACGGCACUCGUUCCGACGGACUCACCGAUCUCCUGGGCGGCGUGGUCCGGCAAAUGCCCAUCCUGACGGACACCAUCAGGCCGCAGACGCUGAAGGAGCUACUCACCACCACCUGCAUCGUCACCUGCUUGGCCGACAAGAGCGCCACCGUGGCCAAGAAGAAUCUUGCCGAGCGCAUGCCCAAUGGGAUCCUGGUGAACGUUAACUACAGACUCUCCAGCUUGGACAAGGUGAAGACCCUGAUGGGUGACUCGGUGCAGCUGGUGUGCCUGAAGGACACGUUCUCGAGCAAGCCGUUCGGCGAGAAGACGCACUUCCUCGGCGACUGGUCACCGAUGUCCAAGACGUGGGAGCGUGUGUCGCAGGUGGAGCGGGCGCGUCUCAUCCGGCAACUGGGCCCCGGCGAGUUCUGGCUGUCGUUCUGCGACUUUGUGGAGAUCUUUAGUACGAUGGAGGUGGUGUACCUGGACACGGAGACGUCCAACGACGAGGAGAUGCUCAAGAGUCGCCCGCUGCACUGGAAGAUGAAGAUGCACCAGGGCCAGUGGAAGCGAGGCGUCACCGCCGGUGGUUGCCGCAAUCACGAGUCGUUCCACAUCAAUCCCCAGCUACUGAUAUCCGUGCAGGAUGAGCAGGAUCUGGUGAUCGCACUCAAUCAGCACACGGCCGUGGAGCCGAAGGUCAUUGGCUUUACGAUGUACACAUGGGAUGGCGAGUACCUGCUCAGCGAGUGCCUGCAGAAGGACUUCUUCAAGAACCAUGUGAGCUACCUGAACUCGGACUACGGGAACACGCGGCACGUUAGCUAUCAUACGCACCUGGAGGCGGGCCACUACGUCCUCAUACCGACCACCUAUGAGCCGGCGGAGGAGGCACAUUUCACGGUUCGCAUCCUGGGCACCGGAUCCUUCCGCCUCUCCUGUCUGGAGACGCAGACCAUGAUCCUGCUGGAUCCAUUUCCGGCACUCAAGACCACGGAUGCCGAACGAUGCGGCGGGCCGAAGGUGAAGAGCGUGUGCCAAUAUGAGCCCGUGUACAUGCAACUGGCUGAUGAGAACAAGACCAUUAACUGCUUCGAGCUGCACGAGCUCCUGGAGGCGUGCCUGCCCAAUGAUUACAUCAAGGGGUGCGCCAACAUCGACAUCUGUCGCCAGGUGAUCGCUCUGCAGGACCGGAGCGGCAGUGGCCGCAUCACGUUCCAACAGUUCAAGACUUUCAUGGUCAACCUGAAAUCCUGGCAAGGUGUCUUCAAGAUGUACACCAAGGAGAAGGCGGGCAUUCUGCGCGCGGAGCGACUGCGUGACGCCCUCUGCGACAUCGGUUUCCAGCUGAGCACGGACAUCAUGAACUGCCUGAUCCAGCGGUACAUCCGCAAGGAUGGCACGCUCCGGCUGAGCGACUUCGUUUCGGCCGUCAUCCAUCUAACCACCGCCUUCAAUCAGUUCCAUUUGAAGAACUACGGCCAGGUGAACGUGAUCGAGGUGCAUCUGCACGACUGGAUCAAGAGCAUACUGAGCUGCUAAUCCACGGGGAUUGGGUAUCCGCUCCACUGAAUUUCUAACGACACUCUCUUUUUUUUGUAAUCCUGAGAUUUAUAUACUGGUUAAGGAUGACGAUGAUGUUGAUGAUGCUAAUCUGCCAAUCAAAAGCUAGUUUCGCUCGAACGAUUUCUCAGUUUCGAAUAACUUUCUAAACCAGCGAGACAAUAUACUCGUUUCUUUUAACUUCCCGUCUCGCUAGUUUCUGGAACUAUAGCUUUCUUUCGGAGGCUAGAAGAUCCCCUCUUCGGUGUAAAUCCAUAUCUAUAUCUAUAUCUAUAUAUAUAGAAUCGAGCGAAAUGGCCAAUGCGAUUGCAGACUUAAUGUACUACUGAGAAUUUUAUUAUUAUUUAUUGUUCUUAUGGCUAACAAUUAAACGAGCGCUGAAGGCGAGACGUGUUUCAGAGUAUUUUCAAAAUC